CUCCGCCGAUUGGUGGCGGGGCGGGCCAAUCGGGAGGCGGGCCGCUUCAUCGCGGCCGAGGCGGCACGGAGCUAUAGGAUAUGAACAGGAUCCGGAUCCACGUCCUGCCAUCCAACCGCGGCCGCCUCACCCCCAUCCCACGGCCUCAGGAGCCUCAGUGCUGCUCCUUCAGCCAAAGGCAGUGCUCCCAGCCCCGCCUGGACGGCCACGACUUCUGCAUCAAACACAUCCUCGAGGACCGCAGCGCUCCCUUCAAGCAGUGCAGUUACAUCUCCGCCAAGAAUGGGAAGCGCUGCCCCAACGCUGCCCCCAAACCAGAGAAGAAGGACGGUGUGUCCUUCUGUGCCGAGCACGCCCGCAGGAACGCCUUGGCACUCCAAGCUCAGCUGAAGAAAUCCAACCCCGGACCCAUGAGUGAGACACUGCUGUGCCAGCUCAGCUCCUAUGCCAGGACAGAGCUGGGCUCCCAGAGCACCGAGGGCGGCCGCAGCGAAGCCAGCCGCAUCCUGGAUGAGGACAGCUGGAGUGAUGGGGAGCAGGAUCCUAUCACGGUGGAUCAGACGUGGCGGGGGGACCCGGACAGCGAGGCUGACAGCAUUGAUAGCGACCAGGAGGAUCCCUUGAAGCACGCCGGCGUGUACACAGCUGAGGAGGUGGCCCUGAUCAUGAGGGAGAAGCUGAUCCGCCUGCAGUCGCUCUACAUCGACCAGUUCAAACGGCUGCAGCACCUCCUGAAGGAGAAGAAGCGCCGCUACCUGCACAGCCGCAAGGCGGAGCACGAUGCUGUAGGCAGCAGCCUCCUGACGGGACCUGAGGGGCUCAUGGCCAAGGAAAGGGAGAACCUGAAGCGCCUCAAAUGCCUGCGGCGUUACCGGCAGCGCUACGGCGUGGAGGCUCUGCUGCACCGGCAGCUGAAGGAGCGCAGGGUGAUGGCGACCGACGGCGCGGCCCAGCAGGCUCACACCACGCGCUCCAGCCAGAGAUGUUUGGCCUUCGUGGACGACGUGCGCUGCUCCAACCCCUCGCUGCCCAUGGCCAGGCACUGCCUGACUCACAGGAAUUGGGUUUUUCCCUGGGAAGGAAAAAGGGUGGAAGCAGCUGAACCGCGGUCCUGGCUGAGGGAGGGCACUGCAGCCUCUGUGCUGUACAGGAGAUGCUCUGAAAUGGAAAUUAUCAACGUGCUGCCCAGGGGAGUGUGGGUGCCCCAUCCCUGGAGGUGCUCAGUGCCGUGGGGGGCUGAUGGCGGUGGGGCUGGGGGGCUUCUGGGCUCCCUUCCCACUCAACCAUUCUGUGGUUCGAUGAUGUUUCAGGUUUCUUCCAACCCAACCACUCAAUGGUUCUACAGUCUGUGAUGUCUCCUCCAACCCAACCUUUCUGUGGUUGUUUGAUCUUGGAGGCCCCUUCCAACCCAACCAUCCCACGGUUCCAUGAGUUUAAGGUUCCUUCCAACCCAACCAUCCCACGGUUCUCCAACCCAAACAUCCCAUGGUUCCAUGAUCUUUGAGGUCCCUUCUAUCCCAACCCAUCCUGUGGUUCCAUAAUAUUUGAGAUCUCUUCCAACCCAACCAUCCCAUGGUUUUCCAACCCAGCCCACCCUAAGAUUCCAUCAUCUCAAAGGCCCCUUCCAACCCAGCCAUCCCAUGGUUCCAUGAUACUUGAGAUCCAACCCAACCAUCCAUUGUUCCAUGAUCUUUGGAGUCCCUUCCAACCCGACCAUCCAUGAUUUCAUGGUAUUUGAGAUCUCUUCCAACCCAACCAUUCCAUGGUUCUCCAACCCAUCCUGUGUUUCCAUGAUCUUUAAGAUCUCUUCCAACUCAAUCAUCCCAUGGUUCUCCAACCCAUCCCAUAUUUUCAUGAUCUUUAAGAUCUCUUCCAAUCCAGCAGUCCUAUGGUUCUCCAACCCAUUCCACGGUUCCAUGAUUUUAAGGUCCCUUCCAACCCAACCAUCCAUUGUUCCAUGAUCUUUGGAGUCCCUUCCAGCCCGACCAUCCAUGAUUUCAUGGUAUUUGAGAUCUCUUCCAACCCAACCAUUCCGUGGUUCUCCAACCCAUCCUGUGUUUCCAUGAUCUUUAAGAUCUCUUCCAACUCAAUCAUCCGAUGGUUCUCCAACCCAUCCCAUAUUUUCAUGAUCUUUAAGAUCUCUUCCAACCCAGCAGUCCUAUGGUUCUCCAAGCCAUUCCACGGUUCCAUGAUUUUAAGGUCCCUUCCAACCCAACCAUCCAUUGUUCCAUUGGAGUCCCUUCCAACCCAACCAUCCAUGAUUUCAUGGUAUUUGAGAUCUCUUCCAACCCAACCACCCGUGGUUCUCCAACCCAUCCCAUGUUUCCAUGAUCUUUAAGCUCCCUUCCAACCCACUCUACGAUUCUCUCCCUGUAGUCAGGCUGUAGCCAUACUGCAGUUUUCCCUUGACCACAUC